AAAUCCCCCACAAAACAACUUAGUCAUUCACUGAGAAAGUCCUUCAGAUGUGUGCCAGAAAGACAGGAACAUGGAAUUCCUAGAUUCCCUGAUGAGCCAGAGCCUACAAUCAAUCUCUCACAUAUUGUGCCACCUUCACCUGUACCAAGCCACAAUGGAUUAUUUGACAGGAAUAAUUCUUUUGAUCUCUCAUCCUUGGAUAGUCGAUCAGUUAGUAAAAGCCCAUUACAACAACAAACUCUAAGUCUGGAAUCUUCUCGAGUUGAUGAUGAACAUCGACUUAUAGCCAGAUACGCUGCUCGUCUAGCUGGUACCCAGGUUGCUCAGACAAGAAGUCCUUCAGACCUGACUCUUAAUGUGGAUACCUUAAAACAACGGGAACUGAUUGCACAGUUAGAAGUGAAAAACAGAGAAAUAAUGCGUGAAAUCAUGAGGUUAAGAAAGCAACAAGAGCAGGAGGAUGCAGCUCUCAAGUCGGAUCAAAACCCCACCUUAUUGGCCGAACUACGAGCACUACGACAACGUAAGGCAGAGCUGGAAAAUCAUUUGUCUAGCCUGCAGGAAAGUCGUCGUGACCUGAUGGUGCAGUUAGAGGGGCUCAUGAAGCUAUUAAAGAACCAUCAGUCUUCUCCACGGUCCACUCCCAACAGCUCUCCCCAUUCUGGCACUUCGAAAUCCCCCCCACAAUCAACUGUAUACCCACAGUCUUCGUCUCGUAGUGCCCCUACUACCCCAGGUAGUGGAGCCCCUACUACAGACAGCCUUACUGGUGUUGGAGGAGAUGUACGGUUAGCAUUUGGCCAAACAGGAAGCUCCCGAUGUCUUCCAAAUGAUCUCUUGGUGGCAGCAGACUCAGUGACAAAUGCCAUGUCUUCUCUUGUGAAGGAACUGAAUUCCGGUUCAGAAGAUGAAGGAGAGGAGGGUAACAGCAAGAUUAUGGUUACCAGUGGUAGAGAUCCCAAGAACAUCAACUUGGAUAUCAUCAAAGGCUUUGAGACAGAGGGAUCAGAGAGUGCCACAGGUAGCCUGAAGGUGGGUGGAACACUUUGGUGGGAGGAAAGACAGCGGGAACAGGAAAGUCACUUCCUUGCUCAACUAGAAUCUAGGAAGUUACACUCCGGCAACGGUGAAAGUGGUCAUCAGAGUCUGGAACUUGGAACUGAAGAAAAUGGACAAGAACUCUAUGACAGUGAUCCACGGGACCUCACCCUAUUCCACCGUCAUGCAUCGCUGACGACAGACGACGAGAGCUAUGUUCGCACUGAUGAUGAAGAAGGUGGAAACACUGACUGGGAAGAGACCAUGAGAAGAUGGGUGAACCGCUAAUCCAAUCCAGCUUUCUAUGUUCGUCAGUUUUCCUCCCUCGUAGCACAGUGCUGUGUUGUCUCCUGUCUUAAAACACAAGUACCUGUUGCUUUCAUUACAAUCAUAUAAGUAUAUCUAUAUGGAUAUAGAUCCACUAUAUUACUCAAAACAUUAUAGUGUUUUAUAAGAUCGCAACAUACAUACGUUACGAAACAAACCAAAUUUUAUACGUAAUUAGUUGCGCACAUAUCACAGCUUCUACUAUUAUGGAUAUUCUUAAAACCAUUGUUUGCCAUAUUUUGUUGUUGUUUUUUUUACUUAAUGUACACAUUGUUUUAUUUGUGCUACAAUCUAGUUGCUAGAAACGUUUUAUCUAUAUAAAAAUUGUAGAAUUUAUUAUGUUGCAAAGUAUAUGUUUGGAAAGUUUUCAUCUGUGCCCGAACAGACAGACAGACAGAAUUGAAAACAAUUUUUGUUGUAAAGUAGAUGUUAAGAGAAUUCUAUUGUGAGUGGUGAAAUGAUUUUGGAUGAUGUUUCUGUUCUAGAAAGUUUUGACCUAAGCAUGAUCAACACAAAAUUGAAAGCAAUGUUUGUUGUAAAGUUUAUUUUAGCUGCAUGAUGAAAUUAUUUUGGAUGAUGUUUCUGUUCUAAACUAAUUUUUAGGUAAGUUCUAAUCUCCAUGAGAUGAUAAUACAUAGGAAAUAUUUUUGCUCCAAGAUAGGUUGUAAGAUGUUAGUGGAUCGUGUUACGAGGUACUGUUGAACGUUGUGUUUCUGUAAGUUUCUUAUAUAGGUAGGUUUGACCUGUAUGUGAGGAGACAUUGUUAAGUAGUUGUAUGAAAAAAUUUGGUUUGCAUGUGGUGUAAAGUGUUGACUGCCACCUCCCCCCUUUUUUUUGAAGUAACUUUUUGAUCUUCUGUGAUGAGUCAGUGUUGAAAUCAUUCUGGUUUGGAAAGGUUGAAUUUGUAUGUGAUAUAACACAAUUGAAUGAUUUUCGUUUUGGAAACAUAGCUGUUUGGAAAGGUUUGUCCUGUACGUGGUUCAACAGUGUUGGAUGUCCUUUCUAUCAUAAAGCUAUCUAUUUGGAAAGGUUUGUCCUGUACGUGGUUCAACAGUGUUGAAUGUCCUUUCUUUCAUAAAGUAGCUGUUUGGAAAGGUGUGUCCUGUAUGUGGUUCAACAGUUUUGGAUGCUGCUUCUAUUGUAAGGUAGUAAUUUGGACAGAUUUGAUCCAAAUGUGGUGAGAUUAAUGUUUAGGUUUUUUUGUUUUGUUCAAAGGUUGAAUGUAGGGAAGCUUCGAUCUCAUACUAUCAGACAGUAUGGUGUAGUAUAUCAAUAAAUGAAUGUUUUGGAAUAUGCUGAAGUGAAAAGCAUGUUAUAAAUGACAAUUUCCUAUAAUUGUUAUACAUGUAAGUGAUAUCAGUGCUUGUAUUGUUUCUUCCUGUUCUACUUUCACUGACAUUACUUGUCUUCUUAUUAGAUAACACUCAAGAUGGAUUUGGGUUUAGAAGUUUCUAGUUACUGUAUUAUUCUAUUAAUAUAAGUUCACUGGUCUUGUUGACAUUUUUCCGCCAAUCCUUAACGUCCAUUUGCUCACCAUCUGUUAAUUUAGCUAGUGUAGAAAGUACAGUAAAGUAUACAAAAAUUAACAGAAAAAUCCUGCUGUCUUAGCUCAGUAAUAAAUUAUUGUAAUAUUUCUCUUGAUGGUAUUAUGGACAUUUGACUUUCUCUCUAGUCAGUCGUUAAAUAGAUAGUACAUUUUAAGAUGGCAGACAUGGUAUGGCAAGAGUUGCUCACAGUUUUUGUUUUUAAUUUACAAAUUGCAAACUGUAGAAUUUAUAUUUUGUAGUUUUCAUAAAAAAGUAAAGAGUAUAUUAAGUUUCUAGAGUAGGGUUACCAGAUUUCCAGAAUAUGAUGUGGUAGUGCCCGGCAUGGCCAGGUGGUUAGGACGCUCGACUUGCAAUCUGCGGGUCGCGGGUUCGCAUCCCCAU